UUCCUGUCUCCAGUCUUGAUUCAAACAAGCUGUGUUUAUUUGUAGCCUUGGUAGCUAAACUAACAAGAUAAAUCAUCCAAUCUAGGUCUAAAAUGUCGGAUUUUGAUGAAUUCGAGAGAUUGUUGACUGAAAAUAAGAAAGAGAGGGACAAGGAGAAUCGGCAUGGGUGGCGUACCCCGUCCCGCAGUCUCAGCCGAGAGAGGAAGAAGAGGUGCCGGGAAAGCAGGAAGAGCAGGGAAAGCCGCAGCGACAGCAAGGAACGUCGUCGACACAGGCGCAGCAUACAGACUCAAAAACAAUCCCAAGAGACUGUUGUGAGUCGCUCUCCAGCUCUGCACAGAGAGAAGAAGAAGAAAGUGAGGAAGUACUGGGAUGUCCCGGCACCAGGCUUCGAGCAUAUCACCCCCCUGCAGUACAAGGCUAUGCAGGCUGCUGGCCAGAUCCCAGCCACGGCCCUGCUGCCCACCAUGAUAACUCCAGAGGGGCUGCCCCCCGCCCCCACCUCUGUACCAGUGGUGGGCAGCCAAAUGACCAGGCAGGCCAGGAGGCUCUACGUAGGCAACAUACCGUUUGGCAUCAUAGAGGAGGCAAUGAUGGAUUUCUUCAAUGCCCAGAUGUGCCUUGGCGGACUCACCCAGGCCCCUGGCAACCCUGUUCUAGCUGUACAGAUAAACCAGGACAAGAACUUUGCCUUCCUCGAGUUCCGCUCGGUGGACGAGACGACCCAGGCCAUGGCCUUUGACGGCAUCAUCUUCCAGGGUCAGAGCCUGAAGAUCAGACGGCCUCACGACUACCAGCCCCUGCCCGGCAUGAGUGAGAGCCCCAGUGUCUAUGUACCAGGAGUGGUUUCGACCGUGGUGCCAGACUCAGCCCACAAACUCUUCAUCGGUGGCUUGCCAAAUUACCUUAAUGAUGAUCAGGUAAAAGAGCUAUUGACCUCCUUUGGUCCUCUGAAGGCCUUCAACCUGGUCAAAGACAGCGCCACAGCCCUCUCCAAGGGCUACGCCUUCUGUGAAUAUGUGGACGUCAAUUUGAACGACCAGGCAAUUGCAGGGUUGAAUGGGAUGCAGCUGGGCGACAAGAAGCUCCUGGUCCAGAGAGCCAGUGUUGGGGCCAAGAACGCAGCUCUGACGGGUAUGAACCAGACCCCGGUGACCCUCCAGGUGCCAGGCCUGAUGCCCACCUCCAUGGCUUCGCUGGGUGGKCUACCCACUGAGGUCCUCUGCCUGAUGAACAUGGUGGCUGUGGAGGAGCUGCUGGAUGACGAGGAGUACGAGGAGAUCGUGGAGGACGUCCGGGAUGAGUGCGGCAAGUACGGACAGGUGAAGAGCAUUGAGAUCCCCCGGCCCGUGGAUGGCCUGGAGGUCCCAGGCACUGGGAAGAUCUUUGUGGAGUUCAUGACCCUGUUUGACUCCCAGAAGGCCAUGCAGGCGCUGACAGGCAGGAAGUUUGCCAACAGGGUGGUGGUGACCAAGUACUGUGACCCAGACGCUUACCACCGCCGAGACUUCUGGUAGACCUGAGAACCAGAGAGAGGGAGAGAAGCAGAGUUUUAUGUAAUGAUAUGAAUAUUUAUGAGCAUCACAACACUCCCAACUUGCAUUUUUUUUUAAAGAGACAAAGUUUGAAUUUAGCUACUAGAGAGGCAGACUGGAUGACUUGUUACAAAGAUUAUUCCUAUAUUGUAUUAUAAGAAUGAGAGGUACAUUUUGUACAGCAAACUGGGUCUGGCCAGUGGAUAAUAUGUAUUUAUAUGGAGUAUUUAUUUAUUAAUUUAUCACUUUGAUAUAAUGAGUAACAGAGGCCUAUUGAAGUUAAUUUAAGGCCACUUAUCAGCAGAAUUGGUCAAAUUCUGACUUUUCUCCUAUGAAUCAAGUUCAAUCACGAUUUUAACCAUUUUGUUUUGUCCAUACCUGAGCCAGGUAUUUGUUUUAUGUUCUAGCUCUCCCCCCAAUUUUCAGAACAUCAAUGCCACUUAUUGUGAAGUCAGCACUGACUUAAGUCUGAGGGGACCUUCAAGUAUUGUAAGUGUCUUUGUGUACAUUUAACUUAGCAUCACCGCCCUCUUUUGGUAACAAAAUGUCUGAAAAUGAUGCAAUGUGACUUUCUCAGUGAGCAACCCCCAUUCCACAGAAAACAAUGAGACCUCCAAAAUGGCAACUGCAUUGAUAUACAGGCCAGUAUAUUAACAGAAAGUACCUGCUGAACCAGGCCAGAUCCAGAGCUUGUAAUAGAAGGCUCUCGACCACGCUGAUGCUAUGACGCAGCGGUGAUGAUGAAAUGCAGAGUUUUAUUAACCAUAUCUCAUAGGGUUGUAUGUGUUAAGUCUUUAACUGUAUUUUAGGCCUUACUAUAUGUCCAACCAGCUACAUUAGAUUGGAUGCACUGCAUAUAUUAUUCACCCAAUCAGAGGUACUGUAACUAGAUACAUUUGGGUCGUGUUCAUUAGGGCAUACCAUAGCAAAAUGUUUUGCGACUGAAAAAAUAAACAUGCAUUUCUUAUUGUACAAGUUCAGGUAGUUCAGAUCCCUCCCCGUAUCAGUCCGUUUUCUUCAGUUUGGUGCCUAAUGAACACGACCCUGAACUCUCCCCUUCUACAGCUUCCCUCUCUCUCUCUCUCUCUC